AUGUUCUUAUCUUUCAGGUGGAUAGGAGUAGCCACUUGGCGUUGGGUAGCUAAUGAUGAAAAUUGUGGUAUCUGUCGUAUGGCAUUUGAUGGCUGUUGCCCAGACUGUAAAAUUCCAGGAGAUGACUGCCCUUUAGGUAAAUAUCUCAAUUGUAAAAACUUGUAUGAAAGGCAUACAGUGGAACCCCAGUUUUUUUUAACUGCCUUGGAAAUAGCAAACUCAUUCCAAUUAUCGGGAGGUUUGAAAAAUCGGGCUAAAAUUACAGUGUUUGACUGGUGAAUAGAAGUUAGGUGUGGUUUGAAUUAUCGCGAAUUUUGAAAAAUGGAGAGUUCAAGAAAUCAGGAUUCUACUGUAUUGUAGAUAGUUACUGUUGGAAAUUCCUUCUGAUAUUAGGUUAUCCCUUGUGCUGCAGAGAAAUAAAUAAAAUAAGUUACACCUAACAAGACUAUGUUGGUGCUCUCUUUCAGUUUGGGGACGGUGUUCUCAUGUGUUUCAUAUGCACUGUAUUCUUAAGUGGCUCAACUCUCAACUGCACCAACAGCUAUGCCCUAUGUGCAGGCAAGAGUGGCAAUUCAAGGAAUAA